AUGGCAGACUCUGACAGAGACCAAGAGGACAGCCAUGCUUUCAGCCAGAGCAGAGAACCAGCCGUGAAAGACAAGAGGCGGUCACCCCCAUCUGACAGACCCCCUUCUGCCCCCCACACCAACCCCCACCACAGUGGGACCACCGACAGCCAGGACAGCCCCGAGAGAGUGGUGCAGAAGGAGCGGCUCCAUGCGGAGCUGAAACAGGUGCUAAGUUUAAAGAGGAGUCUUCUGAGAGAGUCCACCUGCCAACUAGCCCAACCUGAGAUGGACUUGCCCACCGAGGAACAGCGAGUGGUAGGAGAAAAACUGCAAAAGCAUUCCAUAGAAGAAAUCGUGGUGGAGACGGAGGCGGAGGCCGGAGCCAGUGGAUACAGUGUGACAGGUGGAGGUGAAAGAGGCAUCUUUGUCAAAGAUGUCCUCAAAGACUCGCCCGCCGCCAAACACCUCAGUCUGCAGCAAGGUGAUCAGCUGCUAAGCGCCAAAGUCUACUUUGACAAUGUGAAAUACGAAGACGCCCUGAAGAUCCUGCAGUGUGCAGAGCCGUAUAAGGUCAGCUUCCAGCUGAAGAGGACAGUCCCCAAGGAAGAGGUCGGUGUGCAUCCUGGGGCUCCCAGUGUGGAGGUUAAAGGACCCAAGGCCAAGAUAACCAAAAUGAGCGUCAAAAGCACCAAGCCUUUUAAGACCAAGAGGAAGAGAGGUGGCCGUUUUGGUCUGAAGAGGCUUAAAGAGAAGAAGAGCAGGGAGGAGCUGGUGAUCGAGGGAACUCCCCCCAGGCUGGAAACAGGUGACAUGGACGUGGAGUUUAGUCUCCCGACAUUCAAACAAAAAAGGAGCGCUAAGGCCACAGUGGAAAGUGCUAGAGGAGCUGCAGCCUUAGAGAAGAAAAAGAGCAAGAUCAGGUUUCCCCGUAUGAAAGUAAAGGGGUAUGCUGGUGCUGCAGCAGGAGGAAAAGUGGAAACUGAAAAACUGGAGGGGAAGGUAGAUAUCUCUUCACCUGACGUGUCUGGAGCUAAAGGGAAAUCCAAGGGGAAGGGACACAAGUUUGGAAUCACCUUUCCCAAGACCAAAAACACAAAGACUGACACAUCCUUUGCUACCAGUUCUGUGGAUCUGAAGCCGCCAGAUGCAAAAUUCCACCCACCAUCAGUAGAGUUCAGUUUCUCUGGCGACCUUGAUGGCAAUAUGGAGGUGGAGAAAGGGGAAGCAAAGUUGAGCACACCUGAUGUGAAGUUCUCACUUCCUUCUGGGAGAGCUGAUGCAUCUUUGCCCACUGGGGAAGGGAAAGCAAGAAUCAAGGCACCUAAAAUGGACAUCAAAGGAGGAGUGAAUGCAGCUGGGGCUGAGGGAAAAAUCAAAGUCCUAAAAGGGCGAGGGGAUGAUGAUGUUGGCAAAGGAGAUGGAAAGCUGAGAAUGCCAAAGCUAAAACUACCCAAAGUCAGACUUUCACGUCACUCUGACUGUGAUGAAGUAGAUGGUGACAUUAAGUUAAAAGUGAAAGACCCUGAAACAACAGGUUUGAAAAUACCCCAUAUUGACAUCACAGCUCCUGAGGUAGAUGUGGACUUCUCUUUACCCUCUAUGAAGGCAGGCGUGGAGGGGGAUAUCAAAGCCCCUGAGCCAAAGAUAAAGGGUGAGGUUGAUGUAGACCUCCCCAAAAUGCAUGUCACCAAACCAAAGACAGAGGGCAGUUUUGAGGGGAUCUCGGGGAAAGACCCAUCAAUUAAGAUGCCCUCUGUGGAUAUCUCUUUGCCAAAAGUGAAGGGAAAAUCCCACAUGGGAGUCUUCUUCCCACAGCAUGAGGCAGGUGGAAAGAUGGGAAUCCAAAUGCCUGCCAUCGACAUCUCUGUGCCUGAUGCCAAUCUGGGGUUGGAUACUGAGCGGAGAGUUCCUGAUGAGGUUGAAGGCCCCAAUUUCAAAGCCCCCAAUAUCGCCAUGCCAACAGUUGACAUCUCCUCACCCAAAAUGGAAUUGCCCAAAGUUGAGAUCAAUUGCCCGAAAGCUGGAGGGGGAAUCAGCUUGCCUUCUAUUGACAUUUCUCUCCCCAAGAUGAAAACACACGGAGAAGAAGAUGUUGAUAUGGAGCAUUUUGUUGGUGGAGAUGGGAAAUUCAAAAUGCCUGAUUUUGAUAUCUCUUACCCCAAAAUUAGGCAACCACGGGGAGAAGUUGAUAUCAAAGGACCAGAAAUCAAAGGAGGCUUCAAGUUGCCGAAAGUGGACCUGACUCUUCCCAAAGGCAAAGUUGAAAUUGACAUUGAAGAAGACAAAGGAGCAAAAUUUCAGGCACCACCCCUUGAUAUUUCUCUCCCUAAAAUGAAGACAGAUGAGGUGGAAGUCAACAUUGAAGGUCCAGAAGCAAAAGAUGGUAAAUUUAAAAUGCCAAAAAUUGACUUUUCCUUACCCAAAGGGAAAAUGGAAGGUGAUGUUGAGCUGGGAGGGAGUGCUGGGAUGGGAAGCAAAAUCGAAAUACCAACCUUUGAUGUUUCUUUACCAAAAGUAAAACAACCAGAGGGUCAUGUUGCUAUAGAAGGGGCAGACGUAAAGGCUAGUGGUAAAAUACAGGUGCCAUCUAUUGAUAUAUCCCUGCCAAAAGAAGAGGCAGAGAGAAAUUUUGAAAUAGAGGGACCAUCUACUAAGGGAGGCAGGUUUAAAAUGCCCUCUCUUAACAUCUCACUGCCAAAGAUGAGAGCAUCUGGUGGUGUGGUUGAUAUAGAAGGCCCUGAGAUCAAAGGAGGAGAAUUUGAUGUGCCAUCAGUAGACAUUUCAUUCCCAAAAACUAAAGCCAAGAGUGAGGUUGGCAUUGUGGAAAAAAAAGGCCAGUUUAAAAUGCCAAAAUUUGACAUAUCCCUCCCAAAAUUGAAGUCACCAGAGGGUGAGCUCACUCCAGAGGGACCUGAAAUCAAAGGUGGUACAAUAAAGAUGCCAAAAACUGAUAUUUCUCUCCCUCAAGGAAAGGUUGAGGGGGAUUUGAAUAUUGAGGGAGGUGAAGGACUGAAAGGAAAAUUCACCAUACCUUCUGACAUCUGUCCUCCUAAAAUGAAGCUGCCAGAGGCAAAGGGAGGAAAGAUUGAACUGCCAUCCAUUGACCUCUCAAUUGCCAAAGGGAAAGUAGAAGGGGACCUUGAAGGCUCUGGUAGAAAAGGAGCCAAGUUCAAGAUGCCCACUUUUGACAUCUCUUCGCCAAAGAUUAAGUCCAAAGACGGAGAAGUUAAUAUCGAAGGUCCACAAGUCAAAGGUGGAGCAGAGUUUGGGACAGCGUCACUCGACACAUCUCUCCCUGCAGUGAAAUCACCUGAAGGAGAAGUGACAAUCAAAUGCCCAGAAACUAAAGGAGGAAAGUUCCAAAUGCCCUCUUUGAGCUUGUCACUACCAAAGAUCAAAUCAAAGGGGGGUGAUGUCAACAUCAAAGGUCCUGAGUUGAAAGGAGGAAAGAUUGAGAUACCCGCCGUUGACGUUUCACUUCCCAAAGGAAAAAUAGAGAAAGACAUAAAUAUUGAAGGAGAGGGUGGAAACGGAACUAAAUUCACCAUGCCCUCAUUUGACAUCUCUCUUCCCAAGGCCAAGUCACCUGAAGCAGAUCUAAGUUUGGCAGGAGAUGGGCUCAUUGAAGGCACUGAAGGCAAAGGAGGUAAAUUCAAAAUGCCCAAAUUUGAUGUCUCACUACCAAAAGUGAAAUUUCCAGAGGGUGAUGUGCACCUACAAGGACUGGAUAUAAAGGCAAAAAAGAUUGAGAUGCCAGACAUUGAUAUUUCCUCCUCUAAAGAAAAAGCAGAGGGAGAGUUUGAGGUUGGGGGAAUUGAAAAAGGGGGGAAAUUCCAUAUACCCUCUGUAGGUAUUUCUCUACCCAAGAUGAAAUCUAAGGGGGGAGAGGUAAAUAUUGAUGGACCUGAGAUGAAAGAAGGAAAGCUCAAUAUGCCAGACAUUGACCUUUCACUCCCUAAAGGAAAAGUAGAAGGUGAUGUCAACAUUGAGGGCUCUGAGAUUAAGGGGGGUAAAUUUAAAAUGCCCAAAUUUGAUAUUUCACUACCAAAGAUGACUCUUCCUGAAGGAAACAUCAAUAUGAAAGGACCAGAGGUGAAAGGAAACAUUGAAAUGCCAACCACUUCUAUUGAUCUUCCGAAAGGAAAAGCUGACGGUGAUGUCACUAUUGAGGGCCCUGAUGGAAAAGGAGGUAAAUUCAAACUGCCCAAAUUUGAUGUUUCAUUACCAAAGAUGGAUCUUCCAGAGGGUGAUGCCAAUAUGAAAGGAUCAGAGAUGAAAGGAAAGAUUGACAUGCCCUCAAUCAAUAUCUCUCUUCCUAAAAUGAAAACCAAGGGACUGGAUGUUGAUAUUGAAGCACCUGAAGCCCAAGGCGGAAAGUUCAACAUGCCAUCACUUGACGUUUCGCUACCAAAAAUUAAAUCACCAAAAGGGGAAGUUAGCAUAGAGGGGGCUGAUUUGCCAAGUACCGACAUUUCCCGUCCUACAGGAAGCAUUGAGGGUGAUGUCAAUAUUGAGGGUCCUGAGGUAAAAGGAGGUAAAUUCAAAAUGCCCAGAUUUGAUUUAUCACUACCAAAGGUGAAUCUUCCACAAGGUGAUGUCAACAUAGGUGGAGCAGACAUGAAGGGAGGGAAAAUUGAGAUGCCAGAUAUUGAUAUUACACUCCCUAAAGGAAAAGUCAAGGGAGCGAUUGAGACUGAGGGACAUGUUGGCAAAGGAGGUAAAUUCCAUAUGCCCUCUAUUAAUAUCUCCCUUCCUAAGAUGAAAGCUAAGGGAGGAGAGGUGAAUAUUGAAGGACGUGAGAUGAAAGGAGGAAAGCUCAACAUGCCAGACAUUGAUCUUUCACUGCCUAAAGGAAAAGUAGAGGGUGAUGUCAACAUUGAGGGACCCAAAAUAAAAGGAAGUAAAUUUAAAAUGCCCAAAUUUGAUGUUUCCCUACCAAAGGUAAAUCUUCCAGAGGGUGAUGUCAAUGUGAAAGGACCAGAUAUGAAAGGAAACAUUGAAAUGCAAACUACUGACAUUUCUCUCCCAAAAGGAAAAGUAGAGGGAGAUAUUGAAAUUGAAGGACAUGGGAGCAAAGGGGGCAAGUUCCAUAUGCCUUCCAUUAAUAUUUCUCUUCCUAAAAUGAAAACCAAGGGAGCUGAUAUUGAUGUUGAUGUUGACAUUAAAGGUCCUAAAAUCAAAGGUGGAAAGAUUGAGAUACCAACCACUGACAUCUCACUUCCGAAGGGAACAUGUGAGGGGGAUUUUAACAUUGAGGGCCCUGAUGGAAAAGGAGGUAAAUUCAAAAUGCCCAAAUUUGAUGUUUCAUUACCAAAGAUUACUCUUCCUGAGGGUGAUGUCAAUGUGAAAGGACCAGAUAUGAAAGGAAAGAUUGACAUGCCCUCAAUCGAUAUCUCUCUUCCUAAAAUGAAAACCAAGGGACUGGAUGUUGAUAUUGAAGCACCUGAAGUCCAAGGUGGAGAGUUCAACAUGCCUUCACUUGAUGUUUCACUACCUAAAAUUGAAUCACCCGAAGGGGAGGUCAGCAGAGAGGGUCCUGAUGUGCCAAGUAUUGACAUUUCUCUUCCAAAAGGAAAGGUUGAAGGUAAAGUCAAUGUUGAGGGUCCUGAGGUAAAAGGAGGUAAAUUCAAAAUGCCCAAAUUUGAUGUUUCACUACCAAAGAUGAAUCUUCCUGAGGGUGAUGUCAAUGUGAAAGGACCAGAUAUGAAAGGAAAGAUUGACAUGCCCUCAAUCGAUAUCUCUCUUCCUAAAAUGAAAACCAAGGGACUGGAUGUUGAUAUUGAAGCACCUAAAGUCCACGGUGGAAAGUUCGACAUGCCUUCACUUGAUGUUUCACUACCUAAAAUUAAAUCACCCGAAGGGGAGGUCAGCAGAGAGGGUCCUGAUGUGCCAAGUAUUGACAUUUCUCUUCCAAAAGGAAAGGUUGAAGGUAAAGUCAAUGUUGAGGGUCCUGAGGUAAAAGGAGGUAAAUUCAAAAUGCCCAAAUUUGAUGUUUCACUACCAAAGAUGAAUCUUCCUGAGGGUGAUGUCAAUGUGAAAGGACCAGAUAUGAAAGGAAAGAUUGACAUGCCCUCAAUCGAUAUCUCUCUUCCUAAAAUGAAAACCAAGGGACUGGAUGUUGAUAUUGAAGCACCUAAAGUCCACGGUGGAAAGUUCGACAUGCCUUCACUUGAUGUUUCACUCCCCAAAAUUAAAUCACCAAAAGGGGAGGUCAGCAUGGAGAGUCCUAAUAUGCCAACUAUUGACAUUUCUCUUCCAAAAGGAAAGGUUGAAGGUGAUGUCAGUGUUGAGGGUCCUGAGGUAAAAGGAGGUAAAUUCAAAAUGCCCAAAUUUGAUGUAACACUACCAAAGGUGAAUCUGCCACAAGGUAAUGUCCACCUAGCUGGAGCAGACAUGAGGGGAGGAAAAACUGAGAUGCCAGAUAUCGAUAUUACACUCCCUAAAGGAAAAGUAGAGGGCAGGAUAGAGACUGAGGGGCAUGCUGCCAAAGGAGGUAAAUUCCAUAUGCCCUCUAUUAAUAUCUCCCUUCCUAAGAUGAAAGCUAAGGGAGGAGAGGUGAAUAUUGAAGGACCUGAGAUGAAAGGUGGAAAGCCCAACAUGCCAGACACUGAUCUUUCACUGCCUAAAGGAAAAGUAGAGGGUGAUGUCAACGUUGAGGGACCCAAAAUAAAAGGGAGUAAAUUUAAAAUGCCUAAAUUUGAUGUUUCACUACCAAAGAUAAAUCUUCCAGAGGGUGAUGUCAAUGUGAAAGGACCAGAUAUGAAAGGAAACAUUGAAAUGCCAACCACUGACAUUACUCUCCCGAGAGGCAAAGUAGAGGGAGAUAUUGAAAUUGGAGGACACGAAGGCAAAGGAGGCAAGUUCCAUAUGCCCUCCAUUAAUAUCUCUCUUCCUAAAAUGAAAUCCAAAGGAGCUGAUAUUGAUGUUGAUGUUGAAGGUCCUAAAAUUAAAGGUGGAAAGAUUGAGAUGCCAACCACUGACAUCUCAAUUCCAAAGGGAACAUGUGAGGCGGAUGUUAACAUUGAUGGUCCAGGUGGAAAAAGUGGUAAAUUCAAACUGCCCAAAUUUGAUGUUUCAUUACCAAAGAUGAAUCUUCCAGAGGGUGAUGUCAAUGUGAAAGGACCAAAUAUGAAAGGAAAGACUGAAAUGCCCACAAUCGAUAUCUCUCUUCCUAAGAUGAAAACCAAGGGACUGGAUAUUGAUAUUGAGGGAGCUGAAGUCAAAGGUGGAAAGUUCGACAUGCCUUCACUUGAUGUUUCACUCCCUAAAAUUAAAUCACCAAAAGGGGAGGUCAGCAUAGAGAGUCCUAAUAUGCCAAGUAUUGAUAUUUCUCUUCCAAAAGGAAAGGUUGAAGGUGAUGUCAGUGUUGAGGGUCCUGAGGUAAAAGGUGGUAAAUUCAAAAUGCCCAAAUUAGAUGUUUCACUACCAAAGGUGACUCUACCACAAGGUGAUGCCAAUGUGAAGGGGCCAGAAAUGAAAGGGAACAUUGAAAUGCCGACCAUUGAUAUUUCUCUUCCAAAAGGAAAAGUGGAGGGAGAUAUUGGGAUUGAUGGACAUGGAGGAAAAGGAGGCAAGUUCCAUAUACCUUCCAUUGAUAUCUCUCUUCCUAAAAUGAAAACCAAGGGAGUUGAUGUUGAUGUUGAAGGACCUGAAAUCAGAGGUGAAAAGAUUGAGAUGCCAAAUAUUGACAUUUCACUUCCAACAGGAAAAGUUGAAGGUGAUGUCAACAUUGAGUGUCCUGAUGGAAAAGGGGGUAAAUUUAAAAUGCCAAAAUUUGACCUUUCCUUACCGAAGAUGAAUCUCCCUGAAGGUGAUUUGAAUGUCAAAGGAAAGACUGAAAUCCCAUCUGUGGACAUUUCACCCCCCAAGGGAAAAAUUGAAGGCCCUGGUGGAAAAGGUGGAAAGUUCAAAAUGCCCAAAUUUGAUGUGUCCCUUCCAAAGAUGAAUCUUCCAGAGAGUGGCGUCAAUUUGGCAGGACCAGAAAUGAAAGGAAACAUUGAAAUGCCAGCCAUUGAUAUUUCACUCCCAAAAGGAAAAAUAGAAGGAGAUUUUGAGAUUGAAGGACCGGGAAACAAAGGAGGAAAGUUCCAUUUACCUUCUAUCAAUAUCUCUCUUCCUAAACUGAAAACCAAGGGUGUUGAUGUUGAUGUUGAAGGACCUAAAAUCAAAGGGGAAAAGAUUGAGAUGCCAGAUAUUGACAUUUCACUUCCAAAAGGAAAAGUUGAAGGUGAUGUCACUAUUGAGGGCCCUGAUGGAAAAGGAGGUAAAUUCAAAGUACCAAAAUUUGAUAUUUCAUUACCAAAGAUGAAUCUUCCAGAGGGUGAUGUCAAUGUGAAAGGACCAGAGAUGAAAGGAAAUAUUGAUAUUCCUUCAGUCGAUAUCUCGCUUCCUAAAAUGAAAACCAAGGGACUGGAAUUUGAUAUGGAAGCACCUGAAGUCAAAGGUGGAAAAUUCAAAAUGCCAUCACUUGAUGUUUCAUUGCCUAAAAUUAAAUCACCAAGAGGGGAAGUUAGCAUAGAGGGGGCUGAUUUGCCAAGUACCGACAUUUCCCAUCCUACAGGAAGCAUUGAAGGUGAUGUCAAUAUUCGGGGGCCUGAGGUAAAAGGUGGUAAAUUCAAAAUGCCCAGAUUUGAUUUAUCACUACCAAAGGUGAAUCUUCCACAAGGUGAUGUCAACACUGGUGGAGCAGACAUGAAGGGAGGAAAAAUUGAGGUGCCAGAUAUUGAUAUUACACUUCCUAAAGGAAAAGUCGAGGGAGGGAUUGAGACUGAGGGGCAUGUUGGCAAAGGAGGCAAAUUCCAUAUGCCCUCUAUUGAUAUCUCCCUUCCUAAGAUGAAAGCUAAGGGAGGAGAGGUGAAUAUUGAAGCACCUGAGAUGAAAGGAGAAAAGCCCAACAUGCCAGACAUUGAUCUUUCACCGCCUAAAGGAAAAGUAGAGGGUGAUGUCAAUAUUGGGGGUCCCAAAAUAAAAGGGAGUAAAUUUAAAAUGCCCAAAUUUGAUGUUUCCCUACCAAAGGUCAGUCUUCCAGAGGGUGAUGUCAAAGUAGAAAGACCAGAGAUGAAGGGAGGAAAUGUUGAGAUGCCAUCUGUGGAUAUUUCCCUUCCCACAGGAAAAGCAGAGGGAAGUGUCAGUGUUGAAGGACUGUCAGGAAAAAGAGGAAAGUUUGAAAUGCCCGAAGUUGAUGUAACACUCCCAGAAAUAAAAACAAAAGAAGCAGAUGUCAAUAUAAAGGGCCCUGAGGUCAGAGGUGGCAGUUUUGAGAUGCCUGAAAUAGAUGUCUCACUACCCAAAAAGGCAGUAUCUGGUGAAGUAGAGUUGGAUGCAACUGGUAAAAAAAGUGGUAGGCUCCACAUGCCAAUUCUUGAUAUCAAUGUCCCCAAAUUUGAUAUUGACCUUAGCCUCCCAUCCGGACACAAAGACAGCCCCAAGGUAGAUUCUGGUAGUGUUGAUGCAUCUGGAAAUCUUGAGAUAUCUAGUGGUCAUUUUAGAAUGCCCUCCUUGCCAAAGAUAGGCACAAAAGGCAAAGAUGAUAUAAAUGCUGCCCUAGCUGUCAAAGGAGAUGCUAAGCUGCCCAAAGGGAAAAUUAAGGGUAUGGGCAUUGAAACGGGUACUGUAGAGGCUACAAGUGGAUCCAUUAAACUUCCCACUGUCAAACUACCAACGGUUGACAUCUCAGCUCCGAAGGUAGAUUUUGGCCUCACCAAAACAAAAGGGGAUGAUGUGGAGGUGGAGCUUCUUAAGGCAGAGGGCGGGAGGCCUUCCUCGGGCGGCAGCUUUGAUUUGCCCGAUGUCUCCCUCAAAAUGCCCAAAUUCUCUCUACCAAAGUUUGGUGGGAAGGCCAAGAGCAGUGACCUGGAGAUAGAGGGACAGGCACCCAAGGGAAAUAUUUCCCUCAGUCCACCACAUGCAGAAGGAGAGCUCAGAGCACCAUCUGUAGAGUUCGAUGGUGAUGGGAAAGUUAAAGUAAAAGCAAAAAAGCCUAAAAUCAAAAUGCCUUCAUUUGGAAUAUCUAAGAAGGAUGACAUGUCCUUGUCUUGUCCUGAGGUGGACGUUAAAGUGAAGAAGGGUAAAAUUGACACUCCUCAGCAUGAGGUGAGAGUAGAUGAUAAAACUAAAUACAAGGUGAAAUUCCCCAAAUUUAAAAUAUCAUCGAAGGGGUUUGGGUCUAAAGAGGGAGAUUUACGCAGGCCAAGUGGUGACCUUGACACUAAAGCUAAGGUCAAGAUGCCCUCUGUUGAGCUGUCACUACCAGUAGCAAAGUCUCCAGAAACAGAGGUCCUUCUCCCCAAAUCUGAAGUUGACGUCUCAGAGGCUGAUAUCAGAGGCUAUGAGGGAAACCUCAAGAUCCCUAAAUUACCCACAAUUGAUGUCUCUGUCCCCAAGAUAGAUUUGGAUAUAUCUCUGCCUAGAGUUAAGCAUGAAACGAAGACUGACGGAGAAAGUGGUAAAUUCAGAAUGCCAAACAUUAAAAUGCCUGACAUUGACCUGCCACUUCCCAAGGGAAAAACAAUUGACAUCAAAGGAAGUGAGAUUGAAGCUGAGGCAGAGGGAGGGAAGUUCAAGAUUCCUCACAUCAACAUGCCCGAUGUGGAUAUAUCCCUUCCAAAAGGAAAGUCUGCCAAAUUCAAAGAACCAGAAGUGGACCUCGAAGGAGAUGGAGGAAAAAUCGAGAUGCCACAGAUCACAAUGCCAUCAAUAGACAUUUCUAUUCCCAAAGGCCGACUGAGGGACCCGAGUCCAUCAGAUACUCAACCAGAAAGGGAGGGAGGUGUCAAGUUUAAAGUGCCUCAUGUCAAAAUGCCAAAUGUUGACAUAAUUCUACCAACAGUAAAAAUGGGAAGGAGUGAGACACCACAUAUGGAUGUAGAGGUUGAGGGUGGAAAAUCUAGGUUAAAAAUGCCAAAAGUCAAUAUAUCUCUGCCCAAAGGAAAAACUGUUGAAGUUGAGGGUCCAGAUGUCAAGAUAGGGGGUAAAGGAGAUAAAUUUAAAAUGCCUCAUAUUAGAAUGCCUGAUGUUGAUAUCUCACUGCCCAAAGGAAAGUUAGAGGGCCCAGCAGUGGAGUUUGAAGGGGAAGGUGGAAAACUUGAAAUGCCACAGUUUACGAUGCCCUCCAUUGAUGUGUCACUACCAAAAGUAAAAACUGGAAAAAUGGAAGGACCGCAAAUGGAGAUAGAAGGAGAUGGAGCAGGAAAAUUUAAGAUCCCCGAUAUGAAAGUCUCUGAUGUAGACAUAUCUCUUCCCAAAGAAAAUACAGGGAAGAUUGAAGGGCCAGAGAUGGAUAUCAAAGUAGAGGGUGGGAAAUUCAAACCACCACUGAUUAAUAUGCCAACCUUGGACAUAUCACUGCCCAAAGCAAGGUUUGGGGGGAUAAAGUCACCAGAAGUGGAUGUUGAGGGAGAGAGAGAAAAGUUCAAAAUGCCUCAUGUAAAAAUUCCAAAUAUUGACAUUUCUCUCCCAAAAGGAAAAGGUGGAAAUGUUGAAGGAGCGGACCCUAAGAUAGAGGGGGAAAGUGGUGGGAAGUUUAGGUUACCAGGUGUAAAAAUGCCAAGCAUUGACAUUUCACUGCCUGCUGUACAAACUGGAAAAACUGACACACCAGAUAUAGUUGUGGAGGUUGAAGGAGAAGAAGCCAAGUUUGAAAUGCCAGGUAUCAAAAAGCCAAAAGUCGAUAUUCCACCACCCAAAGGAAAAACUGUUGAGAUUAAAGGUCCAGAAGUCAAGAUAAAAGGUGGAGGAGAGAAAUCCAAAAUGCCUCUUAUGAAAAUGCCUGAUGUUGACAUAUCGCUUGCCAGGACAAAGCCGGGCAAAGUUGAAACUCCUGAUACAGAAUUAGAAGGAGAGGGAGGGAAGUUCAAGAUGCCUCAUGUCAAAUUACCCAAAGUGGACAUUUCACUACCAAAAGGAAAGGCUGAGGUUGAAGGGCCUGAGAUGAAGCUAAAGACAGGUGGAGGGGAAUUUAAAAUGCCUCACAUGGCAGUGCCCUCUGUGGACAUGUCAUUGCUAAAAGGGAAAUCUGGGAAGGCUGAAGGUCCAGAGGUAGAAAUUGAGGGAGAUGAUGGAGCAUUCAAGACGGCUUAUGUCAAAAUGCCAAAAGUUGAUAUAUCUCUUCCAAAGGGAAAAGUUGAUAUCGAUGCAUCAACUGCAAAAGAGGGGGCCAAGGGAGGAGGCAAGAUCAAAAUGCCUCAUAUUAAGAUGCCUCAUGUUGAUGUAUCACUACCCACAUGGAAAUCAGGGGAAAUGGAAGGCCCAGAAAUUGACACAAAAGGGGGUGGAGGCAAAUUUGAAACACCACAUGUCAAAGUGCCAAAAGUAGAUGUUUCACUUCCUGAAAUAAAUAUUAGAGAUCUUAAAGCACCAGAUGUGAAUAUUGAUGUCAAGGAAGGAAAAUUCAAAGCGCCAGACGUCGAACUGCCAAAUGUGGAUAUAUCAGUGGCAAAGGGGAUGUCUACUGAUACAGAUAUCAAAUUACCCAAGGCUGAGACAGAGGGCGACAUUAAGGCACCACAGGUUGAUGUGGUCCUUGAUGUGAAUAUUGGUAAAUCUAAACAAAAAACAGAAUAUCAUGGGAAAACUGACCUCAGUGACGAGGGAGAGCAUAAGGGUUUGAAACUUAGGAUGCCAACAAUAGACAUCAAAGGUCCAAAAGGAGACCUGGAGCUCGAUAUAGGGCUUCACAGAGGUGAAGACAAAAAGGACAGAAAGAAGAUUGAACUACCUGACUUGGAUCUCAAUACAACAGGUACCACCGGCAAAGUAAAGGGGCCUAAAAUAAAAGGAACCAAAUUCAAGAUUGGAAUGCCAAAAAUGAAAAACAACAGUGAUGCAAAAGUGGAAAUGAAAAAGCCUGGAAAAGAGAAGGAUGAUGAAGGGGUGAGUGGUCGAUUCAAAAUCAAGAAAACCAAACCUGACAAAGGAAGCAUUGAGCUACCAGAGGUUGAAUUAGGCAGUACAGCACUUCCAAACGCUUCCCUCCCCGAUGUGGAAUUCUCCGGUCCUUCACAAGACUCGGGUGCGAAGUCCACAGGAGUAGGUGGAGAGAGCAGCCUCUCAAUCCCCAGUGUAGAAGUCAAAUCCCUCAGGACCCUGGACAUGGAUUUUAAUAUCGGCACAUCACAUGAUGAGAAGGAGAAAUCAGCAAAAGGCCAGAAAGUAAAAAUCCCUAAAUUUGGUGUCCCAUUACCUUCCAUCGCCUCUCCUGAAGCAGGAAUUCAUGUUUAUGGGAAAGAGCUUGGGUAUGAAGGCCCUAAGAUGCCCAAAAUAAAGAAAGCUGUAUUUGUGCUGGUAGACCCUCCUCAAACAGACCAAGCAGACAUGUCAGCAGGAGCCCAAGAAGGGCAGGCAUCAACAGAGGCAGAAGUAAGCAAUGUCAAAGUAAAGAUGCCCAAAAUCAAAAUGAAGCAGACCUUCGGGAAGUUGAGCUCCAAAGAUAAAGGAGCAGCAGCAAGCUCAGAGGGAGAGAUGGAGGGAGAGGAAAAGGUAAAAGGUGGAAAGAUUAAAAUGCCCAAACUGUCAUUUUCACAUGCCAAGUCAGGCUCAUUUGAUGUCAAGCUUGAGGGUGAAGGUUCAAGUUCAAGCCUCAAUGGCGAGAGAGAGGCAAGUCUCCACAACGGAGCCAAAGAUGACAAAGAAAGGACCAGCAGUAAAAUCAAACUGCCCAAGGUGGCGUUCUCCUCUCCAUAUGCUAAAAUUGGUGCCAGGGAGGAGGAUGCAGAAAUGAAAGAGGCAAAGGUCAAACCAGAAGAGAUGUCUGCUCAUUUGAGUAAAAAGAGGGGUGAUGUGGGAGGAGAAGAAGAAGAAGAGGCAGAGAUGGUAGCCAGGGAGGAUGUGGUAUCUUCACAUGCCAGGAUAGAGAUGCUGGAACGGGACAGCUCGGAGUCUCCUGCUCUGCUGUCCACUAGCUUCACCAUGGAGUCAAGGUCAGAACAGUCCCACGGUUCUUCUUGGUUCAAGGUCCCCAAAUUCACGCUGAAGCCACACUCCACAGGCUUCCUCCAGAUAACCCCCGAGGGCUCUCCCCAGGCCCGGCGGCGGGGUGAGGUGGGGGGUGAAGGGGAGCUGUCCGGAACCUUCUGCCUGCACACCUCCGGGCUGGACUUCGCCACCCAGAAGGUGUCGGAGGAGCGCCACAUCUCCUCCGACCAGGAAGGGACUGUCACCUUGUUGACCAAGACCACCAGAACCACCCGACACAUGGUUGCCACGGAAACGCGGACCGGCGAGGCCACGACGACCACGACGACCACCCACGCCGUGUCGGACUUCUAA